AUGCCCAACUGUACGUACCUUUCCAAGGAGGAGAAGUCAGCACCUGGCCAUAAAGCUGGUAAGGAGCGACUGACUUUACUCUUUGGGGCCAAUGCAAGUAGCGACUUGAAACUUAAGCCCUUGCUGGUGUAUUUGGCCGAGAAUCCGAGGGCUUUCAAGGGCAUUUUCAAGAGUCAACUCCCUGUCAUUUGGAAGUCGAACAAGAAGGCUUGGGUUACCUUGAUGGUCUUCGAAGAUUGGUUCAAUGACCAUUUCGUGCCAGCAGUGGAACGGUAUUUGUCUUCGAAGGGUCUGCCUUUUAAGGUGCUUUUAGUUUUAGACAAUGCCCUUGGUCACCCUUCAAAUUUGAGCAACAUGCACCCUAAUGUGAAGGUGGUGUACCUUCCACUAAAUACAACAUCACUGAUACAGCUGAUGGACCAGGGAGUAAUUGCUAACUUUAAGGCUUACUACCUUAGAAGGACAAUACGUUCUGCUUUGAGGGCCAUCGAAGGUAACAAGGAGUUGACUCUGAAACAGUUUUGGAAGGGCUACAACAUUGCUGAUGCAGUCAGGAACAUUGCAAAGCUGCUGGCAUCCCAUGGAGAGGAAUUGUCAGCAGAGGACCUCCUUGAGCUGGAGCAGCAGAUGAUUGAGGAGGAGUUAGAGGUACCAGACCCAAAACCGAGGUCAUUAACUGUCAAAGGCUUGUCAGAGGGUUUUACUCAUCUGGAGGGAGCCUGGGCUUCUUUUGAGGGAGAAGACCCUAACGUUGCCAGGUUUGACAAAAUCCGGAGAGGGAUCAUGGAUUUGGUAACUUUCUACAAGGAGACCCUGAAGGAGAAGCAGGUGAAGAAAAGUGUGCAGUCUAGGCUUGAUACUUUCUUCCACAAGUCUCCAGUACCACCUCCCACUCCUAGUCCUGAAGUGGUGACAAUUCCAGAUCCCCCUGUACUACCUGGACCCUCUGUAGCAGCCUGUCCACCUCUAGCAGAUCUAGAUGUAGCCUCUUCAGAGCCCAAAUCAGUUGAUACAACAACAAUGACCUCUCCAACUCCAUCAGACUCCCAAGCACCUGCAAGUUCCACUCCAUAG